AUGGCUUCUGUUACCGUUAUGAUGGUUGCUGAAAAGCCAAUGCUUGCCGAAUCGAUUGCAAAAUUUCUCUCCGAUGGUCGAGUGCAAAAAAGGAAAGGUUGGAAUAAUGUUUGCUCAGUUUCGGAAUAUCGUGGACAGUUUUUUGGAAAGCCAGCUCGUUUCAAGGUAACAAGUACCUGUGGUCAUGUAAUGUGUGCGGAUUUUCCUCCAAAUAUGAAUAACUGGGAACGAGUUGAUCCGUUACAGUUAUUUACAUCACCGAUCGAGAAGAAGGAAGCAAACCCGAAGAUGAAAAUGAAUGAGGUUCGUAAAUUUUCCCUGGCUUCAUUUUAG